AACACAGCAGAGAGAAAAAAAAUGGAGAAAUUCCAACCGGGUUUUGGUCUUUGCCUUGUUCUGGUGUUUGCUAUGAUGUUUCAUUGUGCUUGGUCUCAGGAUGAUGCUGUUGUCAUGGGCACGUUAAAGAAAGCUAUCAAUGAACCCGAUGGUCUCCAAUGGUCAGACCCAGAUGUAUGUAAAUGGAAUCAUGUUCAGUGCAAUUCAAUGAAAAGGGUCACUGCUAUUCAAAUUGCGAAGCUGAAUAUUCAAGGCUCUCUCCCAAAAGAACUGGUGCAACUCACCGAGUUGACACGUUUUGAGUGCAUGAACAAUGCUCUCACAGGGCCAUUCCCUUACAUGCCGAAGUCCUUGCAGAAUCUGAUUAUCCAUGACAACAAUUUCAGUUCCAUACCAAGUGAUUUCUUCAUCAAAAUGACCAAUUUGCAAGAGGUGAGAAUCGACUAUAACCCCUUCAAUAAGUGGCAGGUUCCUUCUAGCCUCAAGGAUUGUGUGGCUCUUCAGACUUUCUCCGCAAUAAAUUCUGGUUUGGUUGGGAAAAUCCCAGAAUUUUUUGGUAAAGAUGGUCCCUUUCCAGGUUUGGUGUUUUUGGGCUUGUGUUUUAAUUUUUUUGAAGGUGGAUUGCCAGCAAGUUUUUCUGGGAGUUCUAUAGAGAAUCUUUUGGUGAAUGGUCAGAAUAGUGACUCUAAACUCAAUGGUUCCCUUGCUGUCUUACAGAACAUGACAUCCCUAAAGCAAAUUUGGGCACAUGGUAAUUCAUUUACUGGUCCUAUACCAGACUUGUCAAACCAUGAUCAACUUUUUGAUGUUAGUUUGAGGGAUAACCAGUUAACUGGUGUUGUUCCACCCUCUCUCACUUCUCUUUCGGGUCUGAAGGUUGUGAACUUAACCAAUAAUUAUCUUCAAGGAUCCCCUCCCAAGUUCCCAUCUGGUGUGAGGGUUGAUAAUGAUAUGGAAAGGGGGAACAAUCGUUUUUGCACAAAAGUGGUUGGUCAGCCAUGUAGUCCACUUGUAAAUGCUUUACUUUCUGUUGUUGAGCCUUUGGGUUAUCCUUUCAAACUUGCUGAUGGUUGGAAGGGUAAUGACCCUUGUGCUACACAAUGGAUAGGGAUUGUUUGCUCCGCCAGUGGUAACAUUUCGGUUAUCGACUUUCAGAGCAUGGGAUUCUCUGGCAAUAUUUCUCCUAGUUUUGCCAGACUCACAUCUUUGACAAAGUUGAUUCUUGCUAACAAUGCUCUCACUGGUACCAUACCAAGUGAACUUACUAGCAUGCCUCUUUUGAAAGAGCUAGAUGUUUCUAAUAAUAAUUUAUAUGGCAAGGUACCAUCUUUCCGUGCGGAUGUGGCUGUUAAAACUGGUGGAAAUCCUGAUAUUGGAAAGGAUAAACCUCAAGCUGAUUCUGGAGGUAGAGAUAAGAAACGUAGUUAUGGAGCCAUUGUUGGCAUUGUGUUGGGGGUUGUCUGUUUACUUGGUGUAGGGGUUCUGGUAUUUGUAAAGUAUGGUAGAAAACAUAAGCAUGCUGGCAAAGUUCAAAUUCCAGUGGUACAUCCUCGUCGCUCUGGAGAUGGAAAUAAUUUGAAGAUAAGUGUUGUGAGUCCUGGUUUUAGUGGAGGAGUUAGUCCACUUAGUUCAACAAGUAAUGUUCAAAAUGUGGAAGCUGGUAAUAUGGUGAUUUCAAUUCAAGUUCUGAGAGAAGUUACAAACAAUUUCAGUGAAGGAAACAUAUUGGGGAUGGGUGGUUUUGGCACUGUGUACAAAGGAGAGUUAAAUGAUGGAACAAAGAUUGCAGUGAAAAGGAUGGAAUCUGGGGUGGUGGUUGAGAAGGGACUGAGAGAGUUUGAGUCUGAAAUUGCAGUACUUACUAAGGUUCGACAUAGGCAUUUGGUUGCACUCUUGGGCCAUUGCUUGGAUGGAAAUGAGAAGCUUCUUGUGUAUGAGUACAUGCCUCAGGGUCCACUUAGUAGACAUUUGUUUGAGUGGAAAGAUGAAGGGUUAAAGCCACUGGAAUGGAAGAGAAGGCUUUCCAUUGCCUUGGAUGUUGCUAGAGGUGUUGAAUAUCUUCAUGGUUUGGCUCAACAAAUUUUUAUCCAUAGGGAUCUAAAGCCAUCAAAUAUCUUGCUUGGGGAUGAUAUGCGUGCUAAAGUAUCAGACUUUGGAUUGGUUCGGCUUGCUCCAGAAGGACAAGCCUCAUUCGAGACUAGACUUGCUGGAACUUUUGGAUAUCUAGCACCAGAGUACGCAGUCACUGGACGAGUUACAACAAAGGUUGAUGUAUACAGCUACGGGGUGAUACUUAUGGAGAUGAUAACUGGAAGGAAAGCAAUUGACAAUAGCCAACCAGAAGAGAACAUGCACCUUGUUACAUGGUUCCGUAGGAUGUUACUGAACAAAAACUCAUUUAGAAAGGUGAUUGACCCAACAAUUGAUGUUGAUGAUGAGGAAGCCUUAGCAAGUUUUAGGACUGUUGCUGAGUUGGCAGGACACUGUUGUUCAAAGGAGCCUUAUCAACGUCCUGAUAUGGGUCAUGUAGUGAAUGUGGUAGCACCUCUUGUUGAGAUAUGGAAGCCUUCAGAACCUAAUGAUGAUGAAGUUUAUGGGAUUGACUUGGAUGUGUCCUUACCUCAAGCACUCAGUGAGUGGCAAGCUUUUGAAGGAAGGAACACUUUUGAUUUGUCAUCUGAUUCAUCAAUGCUUUCUAGUAAUGCUGGCAAUACACAAUCAAGCAUACCAACUAAGCCUCCUGGUCUUUCAACUUCCCUUACAUCUUCUGAUGGACGAUGAAGUUUGAUAUAGUUUCUUAUGAUUUUACUUCUUCCUACCCCUUGGCUUGGAGCUCUUUUUAGAUUUGAGUUUAAUGGUCUUUUUUGUCUUUCUUCUUUUUGUUUUGGUUUGGUUUUUAAAUUACAUAGUAUUUUUUUUUAGAGAUUCUGGGAUGCAAGAAGACACAGAGAGAGAUGCAGAACAAAAGUUUGAACUUUCUAGUUUUCAUACUUUUUUUUUAAGGAUUUAGAUAUGAUUAUUGUUUUCUUUAGCCUUCAUUGUA